GGCUGAGCAAAGACUGAAAGAUGAAUGGGAGGAACAGAGGGCAGCACAUGCUUGCGAUCUAUUUCCAAAGGAAUAUGAUUUCCUUAGGGUUUGUUCCUGCCUUGAGUGCCAGCAGAAAAUAAAGAUGCUCAAGGAAUUUGAAGAAGAGAUGAAGUCUAGGCGAAUCCAAUUAAAGGAAAGCUUGGUUAGGUUGCAAGCCAUGCGUACUCAUUGUGUGGAACUUUCAACCGUCCUUGAGUGGACGAGAAAGACCUUUGAUUUGCUUCAUAAAGUUCUUGAGCGGAACUCUGAGGCCUUGUUGACACCAGAAGAAAGUAAUUUGGCUGCUGACUUGAAAGAGAGAGAUUUGGAAAUAGUCAGAUUGCUAUUAACAAAUUGCGUUCUUGAUAGUUUUGCUGAUGAAAGUGAUGAUCUUAAAUAUGAGAUUUCUGUUGUGGAUCAGAUUGAUCGUGGGCUAUUUUUUUACAAACAAACCAAAGCAUGGGGUGAUGCCUAUCCUCAUCUUAAAAAGAUGCAAGACAUUGAAAGAGACAUGGUCAAGAAAUCUGUUGAAGAAGACCACAAACAGCUGGACCACUUAUUUUUCCAGAAGUGCAUAAAAGAGCAAAUUGAGUGCAUAAAGCUGUUGCCCAUAAAAGAAGUGCAACGUGAAGUUGAAGAAGUGGUGGCCAAGUUUUUCCCCGUCAUUGAGUGCAAGGACAAAGAGCGUGAGGACAUGGAUAGCAUUCUCCGAAAUCUAAUGAUUGACAUCCAAGAUACAUGUCUUCAUAUGAUAAGAAUUCGGAAAAAGUUUUGGCAAAAAUGUCGGAAGAGUCCUACGCUAACAUUGAAAAGGAAACGGAAGCUUAAAAUGCACAGUCUGACUGGGUUAAAGAGAACUCUGGAAUCAUUGGAGUGGCUGGCAUGUUCAUUCAAUGAUAAAUGGAAGCACUAUGCCCCCUUAUUUACUCCUUUCUAUGAAAUUGGAGUAAAAAAGGCAACUAAUUGAUGAAGGAGAGAUUAAAUCAGCAUUUCUUGUUCAUGUCAAUUCUCAGUAUAAACUCCUGUUAUCUUCUCAGUGUACAGAAACUCGUUUUGAUGAGUUAUGAGGUACUAUGUGCAUGGCGCUGCCUAGUUUCAGUAGGGUUAUUUCUACUAUUUUGUGUACUUAAAAGACACCAUGCUAAGUUUAUAUUGACUUGCAGUGUAAUGCAUUAUUAAUUAUUAAUUAUCUUAAUUUAUUUUUGUAAAAAAGGUUUCAGGUUAGCCAUGUCUGGGCAAAGUUAUCCAACCCUUAUAAAAUGUAGUUUGAUACUUUGAUGUGUCAAACCUCCUCAUGAUAAUAUUUGCUUUAGCUUUUUGUGAUUUUAAAAAUGCAUUAAACUUUCAUGUGUAUUAUUCAUGCAUAUAAUUCCCUAG